AGAAAAAAAUCCCUAACUUGAUUGAGAUUUAAGGCCAAAAGGUAAAUCGAUCGAUCCGCUCCGGCUCCGGUAAUAAUCAAAGGAUGAAAGGAACAAGUGCAAUUCGGGGAUGCCGACAAUCUCAAUUGGCAUUAACGGCAUCGCAGAAUGAAACGAGGAAGAAAAAAACGAGGAAGGUGUGUGGGUUAUGGUCGUUGCCAGAUGCGGUGGUUUUGAACUGCCUGGCUCAAGUCUCGAGAUUGGACCUGGCGGCCUUAGCUAUCGCCUCCAAGUCACACCGGUCUCUCGUAGUUUCCCCUGAGCUCUGGGACUUGAGGUCUCGGAUGGGUUUCUGCGAGCGUUAUCUAUACGUAUGCUUGCACAUCUUAUCCGAACCAAACCCACGGUGGUUCGUCCUCCACCCCGUGCAACGCCGGCUGAAACCGAUCGAUUCGUAUAUGUAUCAGACUCCAGCAUCAUCCUCUUUCGUGGAGAUGGAUUGGGGGAUCUAUAUCAUCGGUGGACUCGUCAACGGCAAGCCCACUUCGGAUGUGUCGCUUUUCGACUGCUUCGAGCACACCUGGUUCCGUAUACCGCCCAUGAAGAUGGCUCGUGCCUCCGCAUCGGCAAGCCUUAUAGACGAUAAAAUUUACGUUUUUGGAGGGUGUGGGGAUGACGCUGAUUCAUCAAACUGGGCUGAGGUAUACGAUCUCAACACUGAAACCUGGGAUUUCUUGUCUGUGUCUACACCGACCCUGAACAAUAAGACCCUUAAUAUCCAACAAAGCGUGGUGAUUGACAAGAAGAAGGAGGUUUACGUCCUAGCUGAGGAUGGUCAGAGCUUCUCCUUCUCACCAAGUCAAUGUAUGUUUGUGGCCAGCGAGAAAACUGAUGAUUCUAAGCCACAAGACAGAGCUGACUGGUGUUUGAUUGGGACUUUUAUAUUCUGUCGUGGUGGUACCCGCGGGAAAAUACUAUGGUGUUUGCCAUAUGAGUUGGAUUGGAAGGAAGUCAAGGGUUUAGAAGAGCUUCAAGAAUAUGAUAUCACCAAACUCUGCAGGGACUCUACUGGGAAGAUGGUCAUCUUCUGGAACGUGAACCCGCAGCCUGAAGGUCCUAAGAGUGUUGAGCUCUGGUCUGCCGAGAUUUCCCUGAAGAAAAGCAAAGUAAGCGAGGCAAGCGAGGAAUGGGAGGUUUGGGGGUAUAUUGACUGGUCCGGUAAACUCAUAGACACAGAUAACGUUAAGAUGGAGUAUGUGAGGACUCAAACCAAGCCAAAAUUUGAAUGGGAAGUUGUUAGCGAUUGGUCACUCAAUGGGUGGUAUUCUCUUAUAUGCCUUGCUCUCAAGAUGUGGUUUACAAGGAAUGGAUUCGGGUUUGGCUUCUUUUACUACUAUUGCAUCAACGUUGGACUACUCGUCCUCAGGAACACUCCUCAAGUACCUAUUACCCGUGAAAGAGCCCGCGCAAGCUAUUAACCUGCCUGCCCUACCGAUUGAUACAAUACUCGCGAUGGCUCACCCUCUAAUUUGUCGUCCUGCAUAUGCUUUGUCCUGGUUAACCACUAAUAUCUCUGCUCCUCAAAUGAUGGACCCUGAAGUGAUUUAAAAGCUUGGUUUGAACAGCUUAUGCACGGUGCCGGCUAAGCUUCUCUUUCAGCUAGCAACAGCCGUGGACCAGGGUGGACUGCGUGACAGAACCGGUAAUUUCUAUUACAAAGAUCAUAUCAGCAAAACCAGUGUCCCGAUUCUAGCUCUUGCAGUAUACGAUACUGUAAAGCUGAUUCCAGAACAUCUAGCCACUUUUAAAGUCUUAGGAUCACCCGGAGGUCCACAUUAUGGCCACCAAGAUAUGAUUUCUGGUCGAACGGCCCGGAGCGAAAUAUAUCCACUGAUUAUUCAAUAUCUUCAGCGCCAUGAUGAGAGAUAAGAUCAGCAAAAUUUCAAAUUAUAUCGAUUCUUGUUUCUGUAAAAAAAAAAAAAGCAGAGUAAAAGUACAUAUAACAUUCCAUAGAUACAUUCAUGUAUAUAAAAUAUCCACGAAAUUAGAAGCUUCGUAGUAGAAAAGUGAAGUAAUUUCUUCUAUCAGACUGGUGAAGAUUUCAUUUAGACGUAAGCAUUAUUGAAUUGACCUCGUGUAAUAGUAUAGAUAAACUAUAGAUACACGAUGUUACUUGCACGUAACCAUUUCAUCAUUUUC